AAGCUGCCAUAGUGGACUUCCUAGUCUUCUUAUAUACUCAGUCAAUCCGAGAGUAGAUUCCAUAAAUUAUUGAAAGAUCUUAGAGUUAGCAAAUUCUGACCACAUGAUAGUUGUUGAAGUUUCUUAAUGGACCAUACUUCUUCUCUGGGGCUCAGUCGCAUUUCAUUACAAAAUAUGUUCAUGAAUUUUACGAAAGGUUUAAUCGUUACAGCACUUGUUCAAUUCGUUCUUCUUAUCCGAUGCUGUAAUUCGAUAGAUAGCAUAACAACUGAUCAAGCCAUUAGAGAUGGUGAAGUUCUAGUCUCUAAUGGAGAAGUGUUUGAGCUUGGUUUCUUCAGCCCUGGAAAAUCCACCAACCGCUAUGUUGGAAUCUGGUACAAGAGAGAUAAAGAAAAAACAGUUGUAUGGGUUGCAAACAGAGACGAUCCUAUCAGUGAAACCUCAGGGGUCCUAUCAAUUGGUGCACAUGGAAACCUCAUCCUCUACGCCAGGAACCAAAGCAACAUUACUAUCUGGUCCACCAAAUCCAAUGUUUCAAUCUCAUCAUCAUCCACACCUGAUCCUAAAUACAAAGCUCAGCUCUUAGAUACUGGAAACCUCGUUUUGGUUGAACAAGACAACCAAAAGGUAACAUGGCAAAGCUUUGAUUAUCUCACUCAUACAGUGCUCCCACUCAUGAAACUUGGAAUAAACAAGCGGACAGGAUUCAACUGGUUCCUAACUUCCUGGAAAUCCGAAGAUGACCCGGGAACCGGGAGUUACACCUAUGCGAUUGACCCAAAUGGAGCUCCUCAGAUUAUCUUGUACAAUGGUAAUGUUCGAUACUGGAGGACUGGUAGGUGGUGGUGGAGUGACAUACCGGUAGUCCUAGCUACUUCUUUCUCAAAAUCUACCUUUUUGAACAAUCAAGAUGAGGUUACUGUUACUUGGGAUCUUCUCAACUCAUCUAUCUCCACAAGAAUUGUGGUAGACUAUUCUGGAACGAUCCAACAAUUUAACUGGUAUGAACAAGACCUUGGAUGGAAUCAAAUCUGGUCUGGCCCCACGGACAAAUGUGAUUAUUAUGGCAGGUGUGGAGCGUUUGGUUACUGUGACUCGGAGAGUAUCAACGUGUUUGAAUGCAAAUGCCUACCAGGGUUCCAACCCAAGUUGCCAGAUGAAUGGAACAUGAGAAAUGCAUCUAGUGGCUGCGUGAGGAGGCUCAAGUCGUGCAAGAACGGGGAAGGUUUCAUCAAGUUAGUAAAAGUGAUGGUCCCUGAUACAUCGUGGGCACGGGUGGAUAUGAAUUUGAGUAGGAAAGCAUGUGAGCAGCAGUGCUUGAGGGAUUGCUCUUGCUUGGCAUACACCAUCAGCAGCAAUGCACCUAUAAUAGGGUGCAUGACAUGGUAUGGGAAGUUAGUAGAUACAAAGAAAUUUGCAGAUGGGGAUCAAGACUUAUACCUACGUGUAGAUGCACUUGAGUUAGCUGAGUACACAAAGAAGUCCAAGGGUUUUCUUGCCAAAAAAGGGAUGCAGCCAAUUUUGGUAGCGUCUAUUGCUAUGAUAUCCUUCUUCAUUUGCUUUGGAUGUUGGUGUUCAAAGAGGACGAGAAAAAAAUAUCCCUGGGAAAGGAAGAAUGAUGAUGACAGUAGAACACAUCAAGACCUGACACUUUUUAACCUAAAAAGCAUAGUUGCUGCUACAAACAAUUUCUCUGCUGCUAACAAGCUCGGCGAAGGUGGAUUUGGCCCAGUCUAUAAGGGUCUAUUAGCUAAUGGACAAGAGGUGGCUGUGAAAAGACUAUCAAAGAAUUCGGGGCAAGGUCUAGAACAAUUUAAGAAUGAGGUUAUGUUGAUAGCAAAACUUCAGCACAGGAACCUGGUGAGGCUUUUUGGUUGCUGCAUUCAUACAAAAGAGAAGAUGUUGAUUUAUGAAUACUUGACAAACAAAAGCUUGGACUUCUUCAUAUUUGAUAAAAGGAGAAGCUCGUUGUUAGACUGGAAAAUACGUUUUGAAAUUAUAUUUGGAAUCGCUCGAGGUGUCUUAUAUCUUCAUCAAGACUCUAGACUAAAAAUUAUCCACAGGGAUUUAAAAGCUAGCAAUGUCCUCUUGGAUUCUACUAUGAACCCAAAGAUCUCAGAUUUUGGACUGGCUAAAAUGUUUGGCGAAGACCAAACGCAAGCAAAAACCAACCGAGUGGUUGGAACAUAUGGCUACAUGUCACCAGAAUAUGCAAUGGAAGGGCGAUAUUCAGAAAAAUCUGAUGUUUUUAGCUUCGGUGUUUUACUGCUAGAGAUCAUUAGUGGCAAAAGGAACACUAGUUAUGAUAACCAAACUCCCUCCCCAAAUUUGAUUGGACAAAUUUGGGAUAUGUGGACAGAGGAGCAGGCAUCAGGUAUGGUUGAUCCAUCCUUGGGGGAGUCAUAUCCUGCAGAUGAGGUUUCAAGAUGCAUCCAGAUUGGGCUACUUUGCGUGCAAGAAAGUGCAUCAGAUAGGCCAACCAUGUCAGAAGUUAUUUUCAUGUUGGGUAAUGAAACAGCUCUUCCCUCUCCCAAGAAACCUGCAUUUAUUUUACAAUCCAGCAAUCCAAACUCAACAGCAUCAAAAGGAUCAACUCCUUCUCUAAAUGGCGUAACGAUAACUAUGCUCGAAGCACGCUAAUGACUUAUAUGUUGUACAUCCUAGUCAUUUAUAUUAAAGUUAAGUCUUAUUUAUUGUUAUUUGUUAUCAAACUUAAGACAAAAUUUAGUAAAUCUUCCAACUAAAAUCUUGGUUGUAAUUGUUUGGUAAGAUAUUUGAUUCCCCUGUUAUCCUGUUUUAGUAC